AUGGGUAUCAAUAAUCCAAUCCCUCGAAGUCUAAAGAGCGAGACCAAAAAGGCUGCAAAGGUUUUAAAAAGUUUUGUUAAGCCGAAUCAAGUGCUUGGGGCAGAUCAAGUCAUCCCCCCUUAUGUGCUAAAAAGGGCCAAAGGUCUAGCCAUUAUUACGGUUUUGAAAGCUGGUUUCUUAUUCUCAGGAAGAGCAGGUUCGGGUGUAAUUGUGGCCAGAUUAAAAGAUGGUACGUGGUCGGCACCUUCUGCUAUCGCUAUGGCAGGCGCUGGCGCUGGUGGUAUGGUCGGAGUGGAGUUGACUGAUUUCGUCUUCAUUUUGAAUUCUGAAGAAGCAGUGAGGUCCUUUUCAGAAUUUGGUACGAUCACUUUGGGUGGUAAUGUGUCAGUUUCCGCAGGUCCCCUCGGUAGAAGUGCAGAAGCAGCAGCGUCUGCAUCUGCAGGCGGUGUCUCAGCAGUUUUUGCUUAUUCCAAGAGUAAAGGUUUAUUUGCAGGUGUCUCGUUGGAGGGUUCAGCCAUCUUAGAAAGAAGGGAAGCUAAUCGAAAAUUCUAUGGUGAUAACUGUACAUCAAAAAUGAUUUUGUCAGGUAGAGUAAAAGUUCCACCUGCGGCUGACCCAUUGCUCCGCAUCUUAGAAUCAAGAGCAUUCAACCUAACACGCCAUGACCAUGGUGGUGAUGAUAGUGAUAAUGAUUUUUAUAAUGAUGACCAAUACUCCGAUAACACUGGCCGUUAUUAUGAUGACAUUCCAGACUCGUUCGAUUCUGCUGAUGAAUCCUCUACACGCCCAAACACGAGAUCAUCAAGAAAAAGGGGAAUGUCACAAGGAUCUCGCAGUCGCUAUGAUGACUCAGAUUUUGAUGACGAUUAUGGACGUAGUCGCGGUUAUGACGACUUUAAUAGCGCUGAUGAUGAUAAUAGUUACGAAAAUUCCCCCGAUAGAAACGGCAGUCGCAAUAGAGGCCCUCAAAUAGACAGAGGUACCAAGCCACGCGCAAAUACUCGAUGGGAAGAUGAUUUAUAUGAUAAAGAUACUGCGUACUCACGUCCUGUCCAUCACCCGGGCAGGGAUUAUGAUAGCACCCGAGGAACUAGAAGUAACUAUGGUGGUGAAAGAGGUUAUAGUCUAGGCCAUGGUCAAUCAUCUUCCAACAACAAUGACAAUGUCGAUGACUUAUCUAAUAAAAUGUCGAAAGCCGGGAUAGAUGACGAUAACACUGGCGCAAAAAUGCGCCCAUCUCUUCAUUCGCCUACGCCAACAGCCAUUGCUCUCUAUAACUUUGCAGGAGAGCAACCUGGAGACCUAGCUUUCAAGAAAGGUGACGCUAUAUCCAUUUUAAAAAAGUCAGAUUCUCAAAAUGAUUGGUGGACGGGAAGGAUUAACGGCAAAGAAGGAAUCUUCCCCGCAAAUUACGUUCGAGUUUCUUAG